UGCAACCCAAUACCUCAUUCCAGUCUCAACCACAGUACAGUGAGGAGCUAAAAUUUUUCUAGAUUAUACAUUUUUUCCAAAAAAACAACCAAUAUUUUCUAACGAAUUAUAUAAGGAAAUUUUUCGAUAAUUUUAUAGUGCACUCGAUUAAUAAAUAAUUAUGGAUAACUUUCGUAUACCGCGUAAGGUGAACCGUCAUGUCUAUAAGGCGGUUUUCAAUCUGACAGUACCCGGGGAGUAUGUGACAUUCGAGCAGAUCUUGGAGGAGGUGCGCUUCUCAAUUCGCAACCGUAGACCGUCGAAGGACUUGCCGGAUCUCGUCAGGAGAUCUAUCCGGAACCUGAAAAUCGUCGGAGUGCUUCUCGAAAAGGAUAACAGAUUCACCCUCUUCCUUCCGUCCCUGAACAAGAAACAAAAGAAAAAGGUCAAGACCGAGGGCGAGGGCGAGGGCGAUUGCAAUGGCACUGGUACUGGCACUGGAGAAGAUGCCGAUGGUAGUUCGUCCAAGGAUGAAGAUCCUGAGGCUGCAGAGAGUCUCCGAGAUCUCUACAAGUCUUUUAACGAAGGACGUUUGGUGAACAGGACUCUAUACCCUUCAGAGAAAGAUAGUGGCUCGAGAACUUACCGCCUGACGGCUAUCAAUCAGUAUGAUUUCUACUCAAGGGCGGAACGUAUUCGAAUAAUGGAAAUUAAUAAGGAGAGGGCCAGGCUUUUCACGAAAGCCCAGAAGAAAUUGAACGACAGUGAGGAUGAUUCCAAAUCAGAUGAGGAGGAAUCGGGACCAGAUGAAAAAUAGCCUGCAACUGGAUUAGUGUAGCUUAGUGUGGCUGCUUUAGAUUAAAUUAGUCAAGUCUUUUUCAAAUUUUCCAAUGAACUCACUCAUUAUAGACCCCCUACCAGGAUGGGGGAAGCAGAUAGGGCCUCCAAGGACCUCCAAAAAAUUCUUCGUUAGAAGCCUCGCAGCCCCCAGCAGAAGAGCGCGAUUGGCAAUAAAUUUCACACCACUUACCAAGGAUGUUAGGCAGCAACUAAUUAAUUGUGCAGGGACCAGUCAGAAAUAAUAAAAUGGAAUAAAAAUUCAAAUGCUGACCAAAA